CUGUUUCAUGUUUUCUUUCUGCACUCUUCACAGGAUCACAGUCUGUAUGUAAACUUUGUAGUGUUGUAUGUGCCGAGAAUAAAUCUUGAGUGAAGUAUUAAAGUGUUUUUCUAAGUAGUGAUAUAUUUGCUGUUUGUUCAUAAAUUAUAAUACGGUAUGUGUUUGCUGUGUUUUGUGGUUGUGUGUUAAAUUUCUUUGACUGGUAAUUGAUAUCCAGAAUGUCUUCUUUGUCAUUACCUCGAAUGCUGCAUAACCGGAAAACAAGUUUGGAGGUGGAAAAAGAAAAUUUUGAAAAGUUCCAGGCCUCGAGUAUCAGCAAAGCUAUCAACUGCCAUGAGAACCCGGUUAAAGAGAAACAUGUGCGCAGUGCAAUAUUGGGAACAUUCCAUGAGAAGUGUUCGGAAACAUUCUGGAAAUGUGUUCUGCGGCUACCGUUGAUGGAGAACAAAAUAGUCGCCUGGAAGUUCUGCCACGUUCUCCAUAAAAUACUUAGAGAAGGCCAUCCUCAAGUCAUACCAUACUCACAGAGGUUUAGGCCCAAAAUUGACGAUAUCGGCAAAUUAUGGGGUCAUUUAAAAGAAGGAUACGGAAAACUGAUCCAGUUGUAUUGCAAGCUUCUAUUGGAGAAGUUGGCGUUCCACAGAAGAAACCCCCGGUUUCCAGGGAACUUGGUGGUUACCAAAGAAGAGUUGGAUAGUAUAGGCGAGAAUGACAUCAACAACUAUUUCCAAAUGUCCGUCGAGAUGUUCGACUAUAUGGAUGAAAUUCUUGUACUACAGAAUGCAAUUUUCGGCUCGUUGGACAUGUCGCGGUCGAAUUCGAUGACGUCAUGCGGUCAGUGCAUCCUGGCGCCACUCAUCCCCAUCAUCCAGGACUCGUCGCAGCUCUACGACUACUGCGUCAAGAGUCUGUUCAAGCUGCACGCCUCUGUGCCACCUGACAUCCUGCAGGGUCACCGCACGCGCUUCCUCAAGCAGUUUGUCGAGUUGCGACAGUUCUACUACAACGCUUCCACCCUGCAGUACUUCAAGAGUCUCAUUCAGAUACCUACACUGCCUGAGAAUGCGCCGAAUUUCCUGGUGCAAGCGGAGUUGGGCACAUAUGUGACACCUGUGGUGAUCCUCCCCCCCGAGGAGGAGGCCCCCUCCCCCUCUACCGCCGACCUGGUCGACAUCGGCGCCAUCCAAAAUGGCUGCACAACACCCACGCCGCACAGCAUAUCACCUGAUAUGUUGGCUGAAAGAGAUAAUUUAAUAGAGCACCUUCAACAUGAAAUUAGUAGACAACGAUCCGAAAUAGAGCAUAUAUCGUUAGAACACCAAGAAACCAUUUCGCGACUCUCGGAAAGAAUAGGAAAUUUAGAAUUGCAACUAGCUAGGAAGGAUAGUGAACUUGCUCAAGAAAGGCUGGCAAAAGAAGAUUUGCUUGCUCAGACUGAGGGUGCUUCCCGCUGUGCCGAGGCUGAAAAGAGAGCUAAGACUAUAGAAGAAAAAUUCCAAAAACUGAAAGAGGUGUACACGAAACUACGAGAAGAACAUAUUCAGUUGAUUCGACAGAAAGCCGGAGUGGACAAAGCCUUGCGGGGCUCUGACAAAAUGACAAAAUUUGCCAGGGCGGCUAACAAUCUCAUUUUGACCAUAAAAGCCGAUGUGGACAAGCAAUUGGUGAAUGUUCGAAACUUGGACCUGGAAAAUAGUGAGAAAACUCGACUAGAAGAAGUUUUAGAAGAAUUGGCAACACUGCAAGCGUCGGCGGAUGCUGCGAGUGAACAGAAUCAGGCUUUGGCUUCAAAAGUCGACUGGGUCGAAAAAAGUAAUAGAUCGUGUUUUCUUUCAGAAAACUGUUGCCUUGAAUCCGAACGUACAGUUCAACAUGCCAUAGAUGAAGUAGACAAUCCAGCUCUAUCAGCUACUUGCACGUGUGAUUACCUAGAUAGCCUUGUGGAGCCGCUGCGACAAACAGUGACUUCGUUGGAGGAAGAUGUGACAGUGGAGCUGGUGGUUCAGCUAGCGCAUCGCUCGGCUGCGUUCAUAUUUUGUGCCAAAGCUACUUCCAACAUGUCGCCCGAUAUUGAGGCGGGAGAACGUAUGGCGAAAGAAUGCAAAACGUUCGGUGAGAUGUGUUUGGAGCUACUGAAGAAGUGCAGAUUAAAAGAGCCGAGGAACGGGGAGCAGUUGAGAGAAAAGGUAGGCGAGUUGUCGGUGACGGGUCGCAAGAUAAACGCUGUCAUCACGACGGAGCAGAUCGGUGAUAUGGUGGAGGACGAACUCGCCUCCAUGGACAAAGCUAUUGAGGAGGCUGUGAAAGGAAUCGAGGAGAUGCUAAAACAAUCCAGGGCAGCCGACUCUGGAAUCAAGUUGGAAGUCAAUGAGAAGAUCCUUGAUUCAUGUACGACAUUAAUGAAAGCCGUUAGGGUUCUGGUGCAAAAAGCUCGUUUGCUUCAAGCGGAAAUCGUUUCUCAGGGCAAGGGUUCUGCUUCAGUCAAGGAAUUCUACAAGAGAAACCAUCAAUGGACAGAAGGAUUAAUUUCCGCUGCUAAAGCAGUUGCUAUAGGAGCCAAAUAUUUACUGGAAGCAGCGGACCAAGUGGUAGGGUCGGAACGCGGAGAGCAGCUGGAGCAGCGACUGCGCAGACUGGAGGUGGUGGCGUCGCAGGUGAUCAGUGCCAGCACAGUGCAGCUGGUGUUCGCCAGCCGCGUCAAGGCCGACAAGGGCAGUGCCAACAUGGCCGCGCUGAGCACUGCCAGCAAGGACGUGAUGCAGGCCACGGCCCUCGUUGUCGCCACCACCAAGUCUUGCAAUGAGCUCAUCGACGAGUCUGAUGACAUGGACAUGACAGGGCUGUCGCUACAUCAAGCGAAGAAGUUGCAGAUGGAACUUCUGGUGCGGAUAAAAGAGCUGGAGGCUUCGCUAGACAAGGAGAGACUGAGGUUCAGUGCUCUCAGGCGGGAACACUUUCAGCUGAUUGGGGACACUGAAGAACCAGCCUCGUGAGCCUCAGAUUUGAUGAUAUUAUUUACGGAAAAUGAAAUCAACGGAAAAGUUCCUGGCUGAUGGAUAUUAAGCUGAAGAACAAAAUCUACAAAUUGAUAUUUUUUUUUUUAUUGAAUAAUAUUCGACCUAGCUUUAUAUUGGUAUAACAACAACAAUGCCAUAUUAAUUUGUAAAAAUGUUCGCAAUUUGCCAGAGAAAAUUGAUCUUUAUUUAUGGUAAAUAUAGCUACAAACAAUAUAACUAUAUUGUGGACAAAAUUAUUUAUAUUGAAUCACAAAUUUUAAUAUCCUGGAACUUGUUGUUGAAACAGUUUUAUGUUUAAAAAUUUGGACUUUCAACAUUAAACUAUUUUGCUUACAACUAAUAAUUUGAUAUUAAUCACUAGAAGUAUUAUCAACAAUCAAAAUGGAUUGAUGUGACAAAAGUAUGUAGGACUCAUUUCAUUGAAGUGAAUAAUCACUCAUGACAGAUUUAUUUCCGUCAUAAAACUUGUCACUUACUAUUAUUGAUUGAUUCUAUUAAUAAUAUUUUUAUAUAGAUUACAAUGUAAUCUUCACCCCAAUCGAAUAUUGACUUCGAAACGUGCUUUUACAACUUUUUGAAACUCAUACUGAACCAUUACAAGCAUCCCUUGAAUGUGGGGUUUCAUUGAGAAUUUUGCAUUACCUACUUAUGUAUUAUCGAUAUUAUUUGCAUGACUUCAAGGUACAAACAUGAAUUUCCAAAGGGAACAGAGUAUAUUGUAUUUAUCAGUAUUAGUGAAUAUUGAAUAUUAUUUUUCCAGUGUGUAUCUUCUGAAUUGCUUUGUAUUAUAAGUUAUGUUAGAAUAUUUAAGGGCUAAUCUUUAUAAUAAUUCUAUUGUGUAAGUGUAUGCUUCUGUUUAUAUUCUUACUCAUAUUUAUUUACAAGAUAGUUUACAACUUAUUUUUGAGAUUUACCUAUUUAUUGAACUCAAAUAAAAGCUUUGUUGUUCCUCAGAAGGAACAGUGCAUUUAUCAAACUAUAGUAUUUGUCUGACAUUACUAAACUAUCGAAUUAUUUAUAAUAAUAUAACCUGUCACUCACUAAACAAUAAUCAAUUGUAUCAACUUGAAUAAUCUAAUAUUUUUGUGUAUUACAAUUUUAUUGUUAUAAAUAUUCUUCUUGGAACUUUACUUUAGAAUCAUGCUCCCGUAUAUCCAAUUUUAUUUCCACCUUCAUUUCACCAGUAUUCAAUAAUAUUAAAUUUAGAAUCCCGUCAACAUUGUAGACCAUUUACAACAUUUAAGACCAGUUGAUUAUCUUCAUUUUUCAAAUUAAUUCCUUUCCUUUGCUUGUUCCAAUCUCAUGAAUAUCCAUGAAAAACGAAUCGUUUCUCCAAAUUGUAUCAAUUGUUAUCGGUGAUAUCAAAUUUUUAAACUAAAGUUGCUAUGAUUAAAUUUUGAAACAAACUCUGUGAGAUUACCAAUUGCCCUAGAAAUUUCUACAGAGGUCCACAGACUGAAAAAUAUCUAUGUUAUAAUAUAAUGUACUCCUAAUAAUAUAUAAUAACUGAAAAAUGUUGAUCUAUGUAAUAAUAUAUUGUGCUCCCAAUAAUAAUAAACAAUAAAUAAUUACAAUAAUAUGAAAAGAUUGUGUUCCAUGAUUGUCAAUGUAUUUGAGGUAUUGAAAACGAUAGGAGCGAUAAUUCUUCUUUUCAUUGUGAAUAAAGUAAGUUAUGAUUUGAAAACUAGUAACUUUACAAAAAAAAAUUAUGUAGAAUACUAUUAAAAAUAAUAUAAUGUUUGAAAUGUUCUAAAUGAAAGGGUACUUCAUGUUUUUAUAUUGUUUUUAAUAUAAAUGAAGUGAUUUUAUGAUGUAGAAUGGUUUUGUAAUUGGAAAAUGUUAAGCUAUAAGAUUAUAGCCCGGUUUCUAGAACACUUAUUUUAGAUCUAUUAAAACUAUUAAUCUAUGGAUUAUUAAACCUAUCGAUUUAAUAGCUCUUUAGAUUUAAUGAGAGUUCUAGAAACCGGGUCCAAUACUUAAACCACUAGCUUGGUGAUCACUUGUGUGAUUCCACAAGCCAUGACACAGUGAAUGUGAUUCAUCUCUUUAUUGAACAAUAAUUAUUUUGUUCAUAUAAUUUAUUAAACGAUUAUUCAAAAUAAAUCACACUAAAAUUUUGAUAGUUGAAAGUAAAUCAUUCAGCAUUAUGGCAAGGAUGAAAUAUGAAUAAUUAUCAGAAAUGGAAUAUGAUGAUGGUGAUGAUCUUGAUCAUUAUGGUAAUGAUCAUGGCGAUCAUGAUUGAUCAUUAUCAUAAUCAUUACAUGGUCACGAACCCAUGGUUUUUGUGUGACUGGUCUGUACUUGGUUCCAUGAUAAAAUAAUUUUUAACUUCAACAAAUUUUCAUACAUCAGUACUCUUCUAAAUGUAAGAAAUUUUCUAAUGAAAUCAUAAUAGUAGGUAUUCAAUAAUCCAUGACUAGGAACAAACUAAUAAACUUAAAAACUUCAUCAUCCUAUCAACUCUGGACGAUGGACUAAAAGCAUAAUUUCUAAAUUUUUUGUGAUUUAUGAUGAUGUAAUAUCGUAUCAAUUGUAUUAGAUUUUUCUUAUAAUUCAGUGCAAUCGUAUCAAUUCAGGGCUUAGGUUCUCUCUAUAUUCGUUCAUAGUUACCUCAGAUAAUUCCAUCAUCACUGAAUUACCAUUAACGAUAGUUAGCUUUUUGAAAAUAACUAGAAUUUAGUUCGAUGUCUUAUAACAAAGUUAA